CAGAAGAAGAAGAAAAAGAAGCAGCAGAAGAAGAGGAAGAAGAAGAAGAAGAAGAGGAAGAAGAGGAAGAAGAAGAAGAAGAAGAAGAAGAGGAAGAAGAAGAAGAAGAACAAGAAGAGUUUUUCUCCGGCAGCAUGGACAGGUCGCACCUGCACAGCGCUGCCGGGCCGCCUGGCUCCUCUCACCCGGACCGCACCGGGUCCUCCUGGACCCCUCCAGCGGCUUACGGAGUUAGGGGCGACUUCCCUCAGCACCUGCCCCGGGGGGCGGCUUUCGGAGGACCUGGCGUUCCCGUUAGGCCUCCGUUUGGAUUCGGUCCCACGGCUUCCCCGCCCCCCUUAGGAUUCCCGGGACCGGCACCCGCCUACGGCGGCGUCUCAGUGUUCCGUCCUCCCCAGCACGGACCGCACUGUGGCCCGAGACAGCCCUGCCCCCCCUCGGGGACGGAGGACCAGGAGGCCCGGCAGAAGAGGCAGGACCAGCAGUGGCUGGCUCGGUUUCUGCAGAGCAGAGCCCAAACUACCGGAGAACCGGAGACCCAGCAGCGACUGUCCGUCCGCGGCCCAGUUCUCAGGGACACCUUGUGCGGAGCCGCUCGGUUGGUGUCCCGGCUGGAGGAGCUGCGUCUGAGAGCCGACCCGGAGUCCGGUCUGCUGGCCUCACGCGUGAAGGAGGAGCUGCUCCGGCGGCUCGGUGAGCUCCAGGGUUCGGAGGGACUCGUAGCUACGGUGGCCCAGAGUCGGGCCCGGCGGCGUAGGGCCAGGGCCCGGCUCCAGCUGGAGAAGAAGCUCUCAGAGGAGCACCGCGCUGAGAAGGAGGCAGCCAUAGAUGCGUGGAGGAUGAGACAAGUCCAGCAAGUAGAGGAGAAGAAGAAGGAGCAGGAGCUGAAGCGGGCUGCAGACUCGGUCCUGUGUGAGGUGAGGAAGAAGCAGGCGGACGUCAAAAGGAUGCAGGACGUCCUCAGGUCUCUGGAGAAGCUCCGCAGGCUCCGCAAGGAGGCAGCCUCUCGGAAAGGCAUCGCGACUGAGCAACAGACAGACGAGGUCUUCAGCAGCAGCCUGGAGCAGCUGAGGAGUGUCAUGAAAAGGAGAACAAGCCUUUAUUCAGCGGAGGAGAAAGCUCUGAUGGUGAUGCUGGAAGGAGAACAGGAAGAAGAGAGGAGGAGAGAGCAGGAGAAACGAGUGAAGAAGGAGAGAGAGAGACAGCUGGAGAGGAGGAGCAGAGUGGACUCUAUUCUGUUUGGAGAUGGGCGUCCAGCUGACCUUGUCCUGCAGCCCUUCACAGAUUACUACCGCCAGGCUGAGCGCUCGCUGCAGGCGUUGAUACACAUCAGGAGAGAGUGGGACGCGUUUCUUGUGGCAGCAGAUCACCCGGAUGGUUCCACGGUUCCACAGAGCUGGAUCCUGCCAGACCCCCCCUCAGACCAUGUCUGGGCCUCUGCCCUGCAAGCUGCUGAUGCUGACUGAGGCCCUGCUCCGUUAACUCCUGCUGAAGAGGAUGAAACUGUUUCCUGGACGUCACGGGGGAGCAUUUGUUUCUGGAUUUUUAUAAUAGGUUCAGAUUUUACUAAGUUGUUGAUUUGCUGAACUAACUUUACUAGAAAAGAGUAAUUAUCCUUCACUGGUGUUUGAAGUGCAGCAGGUGUCAAGCUCCGGUUCCACGUUCUCCUCAGAAGGUUUAUUCUGUCAGGUUAUUUUUUAAAUAAAGCAAAAGAAAAACA